UGUUGUAGGCAUUUAGGGUGGGCCUUUUUAUUUUUUAAAUUAAUUUUUUUAGAUUUCCCUCUUUCCCCAUUAAAUGUUUGAAGCUUUUUCUUUUUUACAAUUAAUUUCUUUAUUUAUUACUUCACUUUUAAUUUUAAAUAUUUUUUUAUUUAUUUUAAAUGUUUCUUUACGUUUAUUGAAAGAAAAGGAAAAUAAUAAAGUUGAUGAAAAUGGGAAUUUAAAAUUGAUGGCAAUAAUUGGCUCUGGAGGACAUACAACAGAAAUGCUUAAAUUGCUUAUUUCAACAAUUGACAGCAAUUUAUUUUCUGAUAGAAUUUAUGUAAUUGCUGAUUCUGAUAAAUUGAGUUAUACAAAAGUUUCUGAUUUUGAAAAACAAAUUGGAAAAAAUAAUUUUUUAACUUACAAAAUUCCAAGAGCCAGGAAUGUUGGACAAUCCUAUUGUUCUUCUAUUCUAACAACUUUAAUAGCUUCUUGGCAUUCUGCAAAACUUUUAAGGAUAACUAGCCCAGAUUUAAUACUUUGUAAUGGCCCAGCAAUUUGUUUACCAAUUUGUUUGUUUGCCCGUCUCUUCAAUUUUUUAAGAAUAAAAAGAAUUAAAAUUAUUUUUGUCGAGUCAAUAUGUAGAGUCCAAACACUUUCACUUACUGGACGUAUUCUUUAUCAUUUAAAUAUACCCGAUGCUUUUCUUGUUCAAUGGCCUUCUUUAAAAGAGAAAUACAACAAAACUCAAUUUAUUGGCCGUCUUGUCUAA